UCAAGACACUGAUGCCACACACACACACACACACACACACUGACGAUGCCCUGAUACACACCUGUUCUGCCCGAGACAAACAGGAUGAACGCAGAAAUGAAAACCAUCCUGCUGUAGGGCUGCUCACUGAAUGGCUGUGGUGCGAUGACGGAGGUGGAGCCGGCGUUGGAUUUCGCGUCGUCGGGUCGAUCAGGUCGACGUAAUGCUCUGCCUGACAUCCUGGGCUCUCCUGCCGGUGUCAGCCCCUCGGACCUGCCCCUCAAACUAGCCGAGCUCUCGCUCACAGACUGUCCCGGAGCAGCUCAGUCUCCGACAUCACAGGAGGCUCCGCCCCCUCCAGAGAGCUCAGAUGAGAAGCAGGGAUCCUGAAAACUCCUCCCUCAGUGAACGCCUGUCCAACAUCACUAAUGAAGUGAAAAGUAAAAGGACAUAUACAGGUGGCGAUAGCUUAGGGACAACACUGGAUUACUGCAUAUGUUGUGUGUGUGUCAGAUUGUCACAUGGUGUUGUCCGUCUAUGGUCAGUCAAACUCUCACUGCAGACUAAGCGGUAAGAGUAACAUUAAGUGAGCAGAAACAUCAGAACGUGGCUUUGAAGACACCUGUGUUCUUAUUUUUAACUAAAACUAAAAUAGAAAAUAUUAAAAAUAAUUUUGGUCUCAAUUUAUAUUAGAUGUGUUCUAGUAAAAAAAAAAUAUAUAUAUUAUUGCACAUUUUACUUCAUUUUCCAGAUGUAACUACAGACAUCAAAGGGAACACUUUAUUUUAAGAUGUCUUUGUUACACAUUACAUUUACUUUUACUGUUAUAAUAACAAUUAGUUAUGCAUAGUUACAAGUAAGUAACCCUAACCAUAAGUAUUUAAGUAUUUAAAUGGAUAACUACACUGUAACAAGGACACCUUAAAAUCAAAUCAAACACAGAUUUAAUAACAGGAAGGUAUUUUUAUAAGUACAUGUAAACACAUAUUGAAUCAAAUAAUAUAAUUGGAAGUACAUCAUAAAGACAGUGAAUAUAAAGUGGGCCCAUAUUUUAAUUUUUUUGUUAUAAAAUAAAGGAGGAAUAUAAUCAAAUGUAAUAUGAAAAACUAAAACUUAAUCAAGAAAUGAAAAGGAGAACAGUUUUACAAUUACAAUCGAGCAAUAUGUAAAAAAAAAUAUAUAAUAAAAAGCAGAAACAAAUAUAGAUUAAAAAACAUCAGAAAAUAUCACUA